GCAAAACACACACUUUGAAGACUGCAUUCUAGACAACACAAGAAUAAGCACACAGAAUCUUUCUGAAUCUGAAGCUUUAUCGACUGCUUAAAGACCAUGGCGGACAACAAAGAGCUCAUGCUCAGUAAAUCUGUGGGCAGUCCAGAGUUUAUUCAGGAGCUUCUUCCGGCUGCGGAGCGAACGGCUCUUCUCUAUCAUCUGUCGUAUCUGUGUUUGGGUGGAUUUCCUAAACUGGAGCGUCUGAUCAGAGAAAGAGCUCUGGAAACACAACUGCUAUUUGGAUCCUCUGAGGCCGUUCUGUUCAAGUGUGUGGGAACCAGCAACAACCUGGUUAAAUCUCUGCUGCCCAGUCUGAAAGUGGCCGCAGAGAAGAACAAACCCCAGUUAGCUCGCAAAUUCCUGGAGAAAGCCCAGGAAUGGAUCAGUGACAUCAUAAAGGACGUCAAGGAGAUCGUGAAGAGGUAUGAUAAGCACAACAGUGAUGUCGGCAAAUCAACCAGUGACAUCAUCACAGUGAAGGACGAGACUGAGAAAAAACAACAGCAACAAACCGGUGAGAUGCAGGCCCUGCAGAAAACUGUGGACACCUUGGAAGCAAACCUUAAGAAGCUAAACAAGGACAUCGAAGCCUCUGAGAAAAGGAUUGAGGCGAAAAAUGCAGAAAUCCAAGCAUUUAUUAAUAAAAUCACAGGCAGCAAGGGAGAACAAGAGAAGAAGGCUGCAGGAGCAUCUGCAGGAGCUGCAGCAGGAGCAGCGGCAGCAGCAGCACCAGGAGUCGCUAUAUUUUCAAUGAUAGUGCCAUUCGUGGAAAGUAUUUUUGGUUAUAUUAGCAAUAUGGUAACUGCCUCUUCAUAUCAGGCUACGAUCAAAACUCUUCAAGGAGGAUUGUCUGAGCUCACAGACGCUCAUCGCCAUCUGAAAGACCAGGAGUGGAGCAUCCAGAACCAGCUGAUGGACCAAGAGCUGAAGCUGGCCAAAAUAAAAAUCGAAAACGGUCAGCUGCCCAGUGUAAGUCACCUGGAUGAGGUCCAGAAGUGCCUGUCCAGAAUCCAGCAGAUUCUGGUCCAGCUCCAGAAGUUCUGGGAGAAGGUCGCUGUUCUUCUGGACACCCUGAAGGACACAACCUUCGCUGGGGAAGACUAUAUUGAAUUCCUGGAGGACAUGAAGGAUGAGUUUCUGAAGUCUGUGGAAGCAGCCAAACAGGGCUGGACACAGUUCGGCCUCAGCUGCAUGAAGGCCAACGGCAUCUUCAGUGUUCAGGCGAAGGAUGCCUACAAGUUCCUGGAGGUCAACCCUUCAUCUCUAUCCAAAGAGGACUGGGAUAAAGAGUACAACCACGUCAAGGACAAGCUGGAGAACAUUAAACCGAAUGUUCCAAGUCAAAAGGCCAUCACACACUGAGAGCUGAUGGUGAUUUACCUGGGAAGAUCAAGAGCUUCUGGAAUGUCAUGUUCGCUUUGAUCUCUGUCAGAAACUGAAUUCUAUUCGAAAAGUUGCUACAUUUGAAUUUACGUCAUGACCGUUAGGAAAGUGUGUUCUAAUUAGAAUCUGAGUAGUGUGAAUGGAACUCUAAGUAGGCUACUGCACUGUGAAAUAUUUUAUUAAAACACUGCAAAACUGCAAAACACUGGUGAAUAUUGUUCUUCUGGAAUGUGAUUUCUGUAUGCAUGAGGUGAUCUGCUGAAAUAAAACUACACUGUAAACAA